AUGUAUUGAAUGGAAAUAUUAGAAAAAUGGCUCCUCAUAUUAUUAAUUAUAAAAUUUAUCAAUGUUGGUUUUUAUUGUGGGAAGGAAGAUCCUAAUACUUAGAUUCAGUUGUAACUACAUCUGGAUUCAUCGGAGAAGGUAUUCCUUAUUUGUUGCCAGUUAUUGUAAAAUAUACAUCAGCGUAUAUGAAGAAUAAAUUAAAGUUAAGGAAUUUCAAGGAACCUUUUAUUUUAGGAGUUGAAUGAAGAAUAUUGAAAACUA